AUGUGAUUAAAUACCAUUUCAAAACGAGGCCAAUGGGCAAUGUCUAUCGUUUUUAUUAUCGAACUAAAUUCUACAGCGAUACUCGAUAGUCUCACAGAAUCGUAUACGGAAGUAGCCAAAGUUCAGUUCAUGCAUCAGUACAGUUAUAAGUUUAAUCUUUGUUGAAUUUAUCACAGUGAUUUCUGUAUGUUUUUAAAAAUAGUAAAGACCAAAAACUCAAGAUGAUGGCCACAACAUCAAAUUUAUUAUUUCGUAAAGUGGGAACUUCAUGCUUCCGUUUAUAUUCAGCUGCUUCACCAAAAAUUACAACACAUUAUACUGUGCGUCCACGAGAAACUGACCAAAGAUGGAAAGAUAUAUCAAUGGAACGUUAUGAGGAUGUAGCUGACGUUGUAAUUGUUGGCGGUGGACCAGCUGGUUUAUCAGCUGCAAUAAAGUUAAAAAAGUUAGCAACUGAAAAUAACAAGGAACUAAGGGUUUGUGUGGUGGAAAAAGCUUCAGAAGUUGGUAAUCAUAUUCUAUCUGGUGCUGUUGUUGAUCCAAUCGCCUUGAAUGAACUGUUUCCAGAUUGGAAAGAUUUGGGUGCACCAUUAACUACCCCAGUAAAAGAUGAUAAGUUUGGUUAUCUCACUAAAAGUAGUCGUAUACCUAUACCUAUUUUACCUGGUAUGCCAAUGGACAACCAUGGAAAUUAUAUUGUGAGAUUGGGCCAUUUAGUAAAAUGGCUAGGUGAACAAGCUGAAUCCUUAGGUGUUGAAGUAUAUGCAGGAUAUCCAGCUGCAGAAGUCCUCUAUCAUGAUGAUGGUUCAGUGAAAGGAGUUGCAACUGGUGAUGUUGGCAUUGCCAAAGAUGGAUCACCUAAAGAAAGUUUUGAACGUGGUAUGGAAUUGCAUGCCAAAAUUACCAUAUUUGCUGAAGGUUGUCAUGGUCAUCUUACCAAACAAUUAUUUAAAAAAUUCAAUCUACGUGAAAAUUGUGCACCACAAUCAUAUGGUCUUGGUCUUAAGGAAAUAUGGGAAGUAAAACCUGAACAUCACAGUCCUGGAAAAGUAGAACAUACUGUUGGCUGGCCAUUAGACAAAAAUACUUAUGGUGGCUCCUUUAUUUAUCAUUUGAACGAAUCCACUCCUCUCGUUGCUGUUGGCUUUGUUGUUGGACUUGAUUAUAGUAAUCCAUACUUAUCUCCUUUUAGAGAGUUUCAGAGAUUUAAACAUCACCCUUAUGUUCAACCUUUGUUUGAGGAUGGUAAAAGGAUUGCGUAUGGUGCUAGAGCUCUUAAUGAAGGAGGUUUUCAGUCUAUUCCAAAACUCUCUUUUCCUGGUGGUGCUUUAAUUGGUUGUACAGCUGGAUUUUUAAAUGUACCAAAAAUCAAAGGUACUCAUUAUGCAAUGAAAUCUGGCAUGCUUGCUGCUGAAUCAACUUUUGACACCAUAUUUAAUACAUCUGUAACAAGCGAAACUGCUGGCUUGGAACCUAAAGACUAUGAAGAAAAAGUAAAAGGCAGUUGGAUAUGGUCAGAUUUGAAAGAAGUAAGAAAUGUUAGACCAUCUUUCCACACAAAGCUUGGACUGUUUGGAGGUAUGGCAUAUUCUGGAUUUACACUUGCUGUUAAAGGAAAGGAACCUUGGACAUUAAGCCAUGGAGUUCCUGAUAAUGAGAGACUGAAAACAAAGACUGAAGUUUCUGUUAUUGAGUAUCCAAAACCCGAUGGAAAAAUUAGCUUUGAUAUUUUGUCUUCUGUUGCAUUAACUGGCACAAACCACGAAGGAGAUCAACCGGCCCAUUUAACUUUAUUGGACGACUCUGUUCCUGUAAACACAAACCUUAAUCUGUAUGAUGGUCCAGAAGGCAGAUUUUGUCCUGCAGGUGUUUACGAAUACGUGCCAGCCGAGGACGGCGCUGGCGAUCGGUUGCAAAUAAACGCUCAAAACUGCAUCCACUGCAAGACUUGUGACAUCAAAGAUGCCACGCAGAACAUCAACUGGGUGGUGCCCGAACCAGGCGGCGGCCCCGCUUAUAACGGCAUGUAAUCGGCGGAAUUGAUACUACAUACUAUAUAGGAUACAGUGCCAUUUGUGUGAGACCAUAAUAUGUUAUCGUCUACAAAUAAAUGUGUUUACUCAACUAUUGCUUCCGGCAGCCUAACAACAUCGUCAUUAUUAUCUGCCCUACGACAACUCAUAUUUUUGGUUCGUAUAUUACGCACAUAAAAUUCAAUUUCUGUUAGUAUUAAUCGUUUAAAAACUCAUAAUUAUAUUUUAAAUACAAUUACCAUACGAAUAUAGACGAGGAUAAAAGGAGGGUAUACUCAUUGAAAUGUGUUUAAAUGUUUUACUUAAAUAUUUAUUUACUAUAUAUUUUUUUUGUUAGUUUUUUUUAAUACGAAAUUUUUAAUAUUUUAUGUAUCAUAUUAUAAUAUGUAUAAUGUUAUGGUUGUUUUGUUUAUCGAAUUAAAACACUUCGAAUAUA